GCACUUGACACCUCUCCUUACGCUGGGCCUUGGCCCAACAAGAGCGCAGACAGCUCCUUCCUCACGCCAAGCAACGCCGCCGUGCGCUCCGCUCCGUGCUGCUGUUCCGCCCAAACCGGCCGCCGCGGGACGAGCUAGCCCCGCCGCGACGCUCCUCCGUGCUUGCCGGCCACCACGGGCCAAGCUACCCCCGUCACUCAUCCCUCCUCUGGUCGAGGUGGCCGCCGCGAGCCGAGCUCCACUCACCGCGCCGCCCCUCAGCCCGAGCUCGCCCCGACGCGUGCUGCUCCUCCACUCGAGCUGGCCACGGGCCACCCGCGCGCGCUCCUCCCAUUGCCCUCCACCUCCUCGCGACUGAUGCCCGCCUUCCUAGGUCAGAGUUGUGCAGAUCCAAACACACGGAGGGAAGAAGGGAUGGAAAUCUUCAGAGCUAGUAAGGGCGCACUGCGAAGAUUAAAUAGUAGGAUGUUGACCGCUUGUGCUGAACGUGGGGAAAUGAUGAGGAGGAACGGUUGCAUCCCGCCGCCGCCACCGAUUGAGUUAGUCGAUUAUCCAGGUAUUUUUUAAAAAAUAAAUUUUAAUUUGCUGCAUGCCUGCCUUUGUGUGCUCCUCCGUCCUCCUCCACUGGAACUAAAAUUUGGAGUAAAUUGGAGUUGUUGACUGUCCACCACUACACGCUAACACUACUGAUAUUUUUUCGAGAGAGCUUGGGGAUGGGAUUCCUUACUUUCACACGAUAUGGUUACUCCUUUGUUGCUAUCCAAGAUGUACCUCCGGCAUUAUUACAUCCGCAAUCAUCAAAUUGAAGCCAAUGCUGCUGGUGCCGAUGGUCUCGAUGGAGAUGAUCACGGGAAUGGAAUGCUAGCAGCUCUGGCUGUCUCGUGUAUUAAGAUGGAGAAUAGUCUUAAACAUGUGUGGGAAUGCCGUGCUGAAUCCUUCACUAUUGAUGAUGAUGAGACGGAGGUCCAAUUGGUGAGUGACAACAUUACCAAGCGCGCUCAUGAAAUGGCUCAAAUUCAGGGAUCUGAAUUUCCUGCCGCUGCUAUUGCUCUUAAGUGUAUCACCAAAGAGGCUGAGCUGAUGCGCCAGUGCAUUAUUUCUGGGGAUUCCAUCAUGUCCUUCAGUUUAAGCAAUUCUCUCCGGCGGUGUGCCUUGAUCCUUAUGACCUGCAAAGAUUAUGUUCCUGCCGCCGCUGCCAUGAUGGGCGUCAUGAAAGAGGCUGAGUCGGCGAUUGGUUUGCUGCGGGCAGACCAAGAUUUAAACAAUGCAAAGAUUGCCUGCACCGAUUUUGUUAGGCAUCGCACCUUGUUAAUUAUGUUUGAGUUGUGUGAUGAAUGUUCAGCUGUUGCACAGCCUACUGUGUAUGACCUACUAACAUAUUAUUCCUCUCAUUGCACACACAUUUCUCGAUUAUCAUAAUAUAUACAUGACAAGUAUUCCAUACA